UAGUAUUACUAGUUCCGCACCCUGGUUAUUACUUCCCUUUACCUUUCACCUGUUUCUCUCUACUUUCAGUAGCUGCUCGUCUCUCCGCUAAUACAUGUGGAUUAUCCCCUCUCUGUUCUAAUUUAUAUAAUAAUAACCCCAACACUAAAUUCCCUCUCUUUCGCUCUGCAUGCUUUCCUCUUUCGGUUUAUUUGUUAUUAGCUUUAGAAAUCUGAAUCCAAGAACUCAAAGCUCUACUUAAUGCUUACAGUGCCUGAUCCUCUGCUUCCAUUUCCCUUCUUUUCUUGUUCAAAUUCAAUUAGGGAUUAAAGUAGACAUUACAUAUCCAUCAACUCCGAAUUGGUUAAUUCGUCAUCAGCAUUUCUUGGUACUGUUGCUAUCUAAUACAUGGAAUCUUGAGAGUUCAAGGUUUGUAAGAAAUACUCUCAUUGGAAAAAUGGCAGCUUCAGCUUCAAAUUCAGUUACAAACUCCCCUAUAUCCUCCACUCCUCACUCUCCUCGUCCUCCACAACGUCAGGAGGUCGCAAGCCCCACUGUUCCUGAAGAGUCAAAGGAGAAAGUGGUCAAAGAUCCUCUUGAUGAUAUAGACAGCCAACAGAUUGAGAAGUUCAAGAGGUAUGAGGUUGAGUCCAGCAGAUAUUUAAUGUCCAAGUACUUCUCAGACAAGACAAUUUUUGGAGGAAACAUCUUUGACGUAAAAAUGACUAUAAACGGAGAGCAAAUAAAAGUAAGCAGAUUUCCUGGGUACCAGUCAUAUGCAGAUCCUGCUAAUUUUAAUGAUGAUAGUGGUAGCGACACAAUUUCUACAGUGGAAACUACACCACUGAGUGCUAAUGGGCAGCAACCUUUCAACAAAGGCUACUAAUCUUAGAAUUUCUUUCCUUUACAAUCCUCUUAAUCAGUUGAAAUCUCCUGCACUUGUAAUAAAUCUGAAUUUUUUUGUAGUAGAUCAUCUAGCAACUGUUGGGAAGAAACCCCGUAAAAAUAAUAUUCACGGUAUUAGUGAUAAACGUGGAACACUAAGUUAUGGUUAAA